GGCCUUGCACUGAGGUUUGGUUGUUUUGGUGAAGCCCUGGAUGAGAUUCUGUUUACCAGCACUACUGCUUUGGAGUUAAACUGGACUUGGAUUAUCAUCAACCAUGAAAUCACCCUAGUUUUCCCAUGUAUGGAAUUGUUUUCUAGAGUUAUUUGAUUUCUCAAGUACGUAACGGUGGUAUUCUCAAUUAGUGUAGAACGUCUGAACAUUCGACCUGGAGAUGGAUCAGCAAGCAGGUGGUGCAGAGGACCCCAAUAAACCAUCCAAAAAGAAACCAAAUGAAGAGGAUAGUAAGAACAAGAAGCUGAACAUACAUAUAAAAACAUUGGCUGAUGACAUGCGGGACAGGAUCACAAGUUUCCGAAAGCAAGGUGUUAAGAAGGAGAAGCCUUUUAUCCAGCACCCAACAGAUCCCAUGUCCACUGUUGCUGAGCUACCGCUACCUCAACCACUUUUUGAUGAACGAUCUAUGAACCUUUCAGAAAAAGAGAUUGUUGACCUGUUUGAGAAAAUGAUGGAGGAUAUGAACUUAAAUGAAGAUCGCAAGGCACCCUUGCGUGGAAAGGACCUGAGCACUAAACGAGAAAUGGUGGUCCAGUACAUAUCUGCUGCAGCAAAAUCUAUAACUGGGAGCAAAGUUGCGGGUGGGCUGAGGAACAGCAAACAUGAGUGUACACUGUCAUCACAGGAGUAUGUGCAUGAGCUGCGCUCCGGUAUAACUGAUGAAAAACUGCUCAACUGCCUUGAGUCCCUACGUGUGUCUCUGACCAGCAAUCCUGUCAGCUGGGUGAAUAACUUUGGUCAUGAGGGUCUUGGGCUGCUUUUGGAAGCCCUGGAAAGGCUUCUCGACAAGAAACAACAAGAGAACAUUGACAAGAAGAACCAACACAAACUCAUCCAGUGCCUCAAAGCCUUCAUGAACAAUAAGUAUGGCCUACAAAGAAUACUAGGAGAUGAAAGAAGCCUGCUCCUUCUGGCGAGGGCCAUCGAUCCUAAGCAGCCAAACAUGAUGACUGAGAUUGUGAAGAUUUUAUCUGCUGUCUGUAUUAUUGGAGAGGAAAACAUUUUGGAUAAGAUUCUAGCAGCCAUGACAAUUGCAGCUGAACGAAACAAUAAAAUGAGAUUUGCUCCAAUAGUAGAGGGCCUAGAGAACCAUGAAGCCCAGCAGCUUCAGACUGCCUGCAUGCAACUGAUCAACGCCCUGGUCACCUCCCCGGAUGAUCUAGACUUCAGGAUACAUUUGAGGAAUGAGUUUCUGCGCUGUGGCCUCAAAAAGAUCCUACCAGAGCUAAAAGAGACAGAGGAGUUGGACAUUCAGCUAAAGGUGUUCAAUGAGAAUAAAGAGGAGGACUCUAUUGAACUAUCUCACCGGCUUGAUGACAUCCGGGCAGAAAUGGAUGAUAUGGAUGAAGUGUACCAUCUCUUGUCCAACAUGGUGAAGGACACAGCAUCAGAGACCUACCUCCUCUCCCUUCUACAGCACUUGAUGCUAAUUAGAAAUGACUACUAUAUCAGGCCUCAAUACUACAAGGUGAUUGAAGAAUGUGUGUCCCAGAUAGUCCUUCAUCGGAGUGGAAUGGAUCCUGACUUUGCCUGCAGAGAGAGACUGGAUGUAGAUUUCAGCCACCUCAUUGAUCAGUGCGUAGAUAAGGCCAAAGUGGAGGAGAGUGAGCAGAGAGCAGCUGAAAUAUCUAAAAAGUUUGACGAGGAGUUCAGCGCACGUCAGGAGGCACAGGCUGAACUGCAGAAACAGGAGGAAAAAAUCAAAGAGCUGGAGGGGAAGAUAACAACCCUACAGAGCCAGUUAAUUAGUGAGCAGAACAAACUCAAAGAGGCAGAGAAACACAUCAGUGAGAGUGAAAGCAAGGUUGCAGCCACUGGCGUUCCGGGUGCACCUCCUCCACCAGUGGGACAUGCCCCUCCACCACCACCACCUCCUCCUCCCCCUCCAUCAGGGCAAUGCCCUCCUCCACCACCUCUUCCAGCAGGUAUGGGACCACCUCCUCCACCGCCUGGUUGUGGUCUUCCCCCUCCACCACCCCCUCCUGGGGGAGGUCUUCCACCACCUCCACCUUUUCCUGGAGCUCCAGGUCUCCCUCCAGCCCCAGCUGUCCAAAAACUACCUUAUGGUCUGGAGCCCAAAAAGAGCUACAAACCAGAGACAGUCAUGAGGAGAGUUAACUGGUCCAAGAUAGUUCCUAAUGAGAUGGCAGAGAACUGUUUUUGGAUUAGAGUCAAAGAGGAGAAGUUGGAGAACCCAGAACUGCUUGCUCAAAUCUUGCUUGCUUUUUCGUCCAAGUCUAGAGUCAAAAGGGAAGUGGUGGAAACAGAUGACAGAAUGCCACAAUUUAAGAAAAAAGCAAAGGAGCUUCGGAUCCUGGAUGGCAAGACAGCCCAGAAUCUGUCCAUUUUCCUAGGAUCUUUCCGAAUGCCAUAUGAAGAGAUUCGGGACAUCGUCCUGGAGGUGGAUGAGGAGAAGCUAAGUGAGGCAUUAAUUCAGAACCUGAUUAAGAACCUCCCUGAACAGAAGGAGCUGAGUGCUCUGGCUGAGCUGAAGAAUGAAUAUGAGGAGCUUUGUGAGUCGGAACAGUUUGGCAUUGUGAUGAGCUCUGUGAAGCUUUUACGCCCUCGCCUGAAUGGAAUCUUGUUUAAGCUGACGUUUGAGGAGCAUGUGAACAACAUUCGGCGGGAGAUCAUGAAUGUCACUUUUGCAUGUGAAGAAGUAAAAAAGAGUGAGGGAUUCACUAAGUUCCUGGAGUUUGUACUGCUUGUUGGAAACUACAUGAAUUCCGGCUCCAGAAAUGCUCAGACCUUUGGGUUUAAUAUCAGCUUCCUCUGCAAGCUACGGGACACAAAGUCAACAGACCAGAACACAACACUGAUGCAUUUUUUGGCUGAGAAGUGUGAAGAGAAUUAUCCAGAGAUCCUAAAGUUAACCGAUGAGCUGGAACAUGUGGAGAAUGCCAGCAAAGUGUCUGCCCAAAUCCUCAAAGCCAGUUUGGACACAAUGGAGAAUCAGAUCCAGAGGCUGGAGAAUGACAUCCAGAACUUCCCCAAGACAGAUGACAAGCGGGAUAAGUUUGUGGAAAAAAUGUCCGGCUUUGCCAAACAUUCUCGAGAGCAGUACGAAAAGCUCUCCACCAUGCACAAGAACAUGCAGAAGCUUUAUGAGAGCCUGGGGAGCUACUUUGCCUUUGAUCCACACUCUGUCAGCGUUGAGGACUUUUUCGGGGACCUGGCCAAUUUUUGCACCAUAUUCUUGGAGGCUGUGAAGGAGAACCACAAGAAGAGGGAAAUGGAGGAGAAGAUCAAGAGGGCCAAGCUGGCGAAGGAGAAAGCUGAGCGGGAGAAGCAAGAGCGGCAGCAGAAGAAGAAGCAGCUGAUUGACAUGAACAAAGAAGGGGAUGAGACAGGUGUGAUGGACAGCCUGAUGGAGGCAUUGCAGUCUGGUGCAGCUUUCCGUGACCGUAGGAAAAGAACCCCACGCACUGAUAACCGUCGCAUUAAUUUGGAAAGAUCCCGCUCACGCCACAAUGCAAACACUAUGGGACGGUGAUUGCAGCAUAUUGUUUGUGCACGCUAGACAAGUGCCAAAGACCAGGAGUGAGGACACUACAGAGGUCUGAACAUAAUGGUGCAGAUUUUUUCAGUGUGUGCCUUCUAGUAUGGGCUGUUCCUCACACUACCUACACACACACACACACACACACACACACACACACACACACACACACACACACACACACACACACACAGAAGCAUACACAUCAAGAAUAAAUGGUCCUCGGAAGUGAAGACUACACCCUACUACUACUACUCUCCCAUUGUAUCUUUAUGGUCUUUUCAACAUCUGGAAAUUACGUUUUUUUUAGUGUAAACAUUUAUCAUAUUUUGCCUUUUGUCCCUGUUUUUAUUAUCUAGGUAAAGGUUAAAUCUCCUUUCCACUUAUCUGCUGUGUGUGACUUUUCAGAUAGAAUAGAUCUGAUGCAGUUUGAUGUCUUACUUUUACAUUUUUAAUACACAUAUUUUAUUGUUGUGCUUUUGACAAAAUUAUCUGCCAGACAGGGAUACAUAUCAAAAUAAUUAAUGAACUGCCAAUAAUUGAACAAUUUGCACACUGUAGUUAUGUUUCAAUAUAUAAAAUCAGUUCUAAAGUUUCUUAUAAAGUAGUAUCACUGCUUGUUUGGUUGUGUACUCUACCCUACAUGUUUUUACCUCAACCUAUUUUUGUUCUUUAUGCUUUUUUAAAAAGUAUCCUACAUAGGGGAGGGGCUGUUUUGUUACAUUGAGAAGCAUGCUUUAUAUUUUAAGACACUUAUAAGUGUUUGCCAGUUUAAAAACUCGUGAUUAUGAGACCUGCUGCUGUCAGUCUGAUUUGAAGACAGAAAGACAGACAUUGGUAAAGACAGAAAAUAUGCAUGCAUGCCAUGUUGUAGCUGCCUCUGAGGAAAGCAUUAUUAGAAUCACACUUCUGCUACCCCUCCCUUUUGUACAUCAAAUAAAUAACUGCUUUCCAUAA